AUGCCCGACGAUGGGAUGAAGAGUAGUGGGUCAAUGCGCAAGCGCCCACGGGACCCUCCGUUUGUUGCCGACUACCGCCCCUACACAGGGUGCCAACUGGCGCAUGCACUGAAGGGAAAAACGACACACAAAGGAAACUGGGAUAUUUAUUACCGCAACAAUACAGUGAAGGGCUACCGCAAUCGCCAUUACAUUAUACGUGAAUUUCACGAGCUCCGCGAGGCCCUUAAUCGCCUUAAAGAAGGGUCUUCCUCGCCAGCAGUAGAUCUUAUUUGGAUGGAGGUGGGUUGUGGCGUGGGCAACGCCAUCCUCCCGAUUCUUGAGGAGUAUGGUGACGUCAAUGGAUGGCGUCUUGUUGCGUUUGAUAUCUCCUCUGUUGCAAUUGAAUUACUGCAGAAGAAGCGAAACGCCCUCCCCGAGUGUUGCCGGGGGAAACUUGCCGUGCGUGUUCUGGAUCCAGUUGAGGAGGAUAUCCCCGUUGCGGGGGCCUCUUCUGGAUGCCCGCUUGGCCUUGCUGCGGGCUCAGUUGGUUUUGUGUCGAUGAUCUUUGUGUUGUGCUCCAUCCCGGUGGAGAAGCACCUACUUGUGCUGCGGCGUGUGGCACUCUGCAUGGCCGAGGGGAGCGUCUUUUUUUUUCGCGACUACUGCAUCGACGACCACGCAGAGAAACGGUUUGAUCCCCGGCGUCAGUUGGAGGAAAACACCUUCACUCGCAGCAACGGAACCCUGAGCCACUUCUUUUCCCUUGCGGAGGUGCGGCGUUUGUUUCAAGGGUCCGGGUUUGAGGCGCUGGAGCUUCUAGUCGUUGAGCGAGAGGUGGUUAACAGGAAGCAGGGAGCCACCAUGCGUCGAAAGUUCCUCCAAGGCCGCUUCCGCAAGUCGGGGAAGGGAGAAGAACAAAAGAGCUAG